CAACAGACAGUUCUUGCUACAGUCCAACCUGCUUACAAUUCCAUCGCCAUGUCAUCCGCAUACCAUCCGUAGACAGAUGGCCAAACAAGAGCGUCUUAACCAAAUUGUAGAGCAACUACUCCGCGCAGCCCGCAAGGACGAAAUCUCCAAGUGGGACUUGCAUCUGCCCGUCCUGGAGUUUGCCUACAAGAAUGCUACUCACGCCGCUACUGGACAGACGUCAUACUUUCUCUGUUACGGACGCCACCCGAUCCCCACCGCACAGACCACACCAUCACCUGACGAAAUUCUUCGACGGGAACGAUUCUACGUCAAACUGUCCAAGAGCAAAUUCGCCCUUGAAAAGGUCCAGUUCCUAGGGCACAUGGUGAGCGCUCAAGGAGUUCACGUCGACCCCAAGAAAAUCGAGGCCGUACGCACGUGGAAGACACCCGAGAACGUGAAGGAGUUGCAGCAGUUCCUAGGCUUCGCUAAUUACUACAAUAGGUUCGUGCCACAAUAUGCGAAAAUCGCAGCACCACUCACGAAUCUGCUGAAGAAGAACACGCCCUAUAAAUGGGAACCAAAGCACCAGGAAGCCGUGGAGCAGCUGAAACAAGCACUCACGUCCGCACCGGUACUCAUCUUGCCAGAUCCCGAACGCGACUACGUAAUCGAAGCUGACGCCAGCGACCAGGCAGUGGGGGCAGUCUUAAUGCAAGACCAGGGGAAUGGACUGCAACCAAUCGCCUACCUCAGCAAGAAACUACACGGAGCAGAACUAAACUACCCGAUACACGACAAAGAGGCCCUUGCCAUCGUCAUCGCCUUUAAAGCGUGGAGAUGUUAUCUCGAAGGACGACGAACAACCGUCUACACCGACCACUGCAGCCUGAAAUACUUGAAGACACAACCCAAUCUUUCCAGGCGGCAGGUCCGGUGGAUCGACUUCCUCGAGACACACUUCCACUACGACAUCGUGUACAAGCCCGGUCACAAAAACAAAGCAGACGCUCUUAGCCGGCCUGCACACGUUGCCGCCAUUCAGAUUGAAGGGAUGAAUCCACUACUCAAGGGACUCUUCACACACGGCAACAUCGCGUACCAGAAAGGAUCAACAAAAAUCUGGGUACCAAAUUACCCUCCUUUGCGCCAGUUACUACUCGAAGAAUACCACGACGUCCUGUACGCCGGACACUUCGGUAGCAACAAGACGCUCACCGGUAUCGCCAAACACUACUACUGGCCCCACAUGGCAGACGACGUCCAGAAAUUCGUCACCUCGUGUGAUACAUGUCAGCGGAUGAAGAGCAGCAAGCAGAAAAAGGCGGGACUACUGCAGCCUCUUCCUGUCCCAGAACAGCCAUGGCAAGUGGUUAGCCUAGACUUCAUCACCGGGUUACCACCUACCACCAGCAGUCAUGACGCAAUCCUUGUCGUCAUUGACAAGUUCUCCAAAAUGGGACACUUCAUCCCGACACACACGACGGCACGCACCGAGGAGACAGCACAGCUCUUCGUUCGUCACAUCAUCUCACAGCAUGGCAUCCCAACCACACUCAUUUCCGACCGAGACCCCAAGUUCACCAGCAAGUUCUGGAAGGAACUUAUGUCUCUUCUCGGGACCAAACUCGCCCUGUCAUCCGCAUACCAUCCGCAGACAGACGGACAGACCGAGCGCCUCAACCAAAUUGUUGAGCAACUCCUCCGAGCAGCCUGCAAGGACGACAUCUCCAAAUGGGACUUGCACCUGCCCGUACUAGAGUUUGCUUACAACAAUGCUACGCAUGCCGCUACUGGACAGACGCCGUUCUUCCUCUGCUACGGAUGCCACCCACUCACACCACAGAAACCGACAACAUCCGCUACGGUACAACCUGCACAUGAUUUCAUCACAACCAUGCAUCAGCUUUGGGAUCGGACCCAUAAGCGCCUCCUCGACAUUCAACAGCAACAAAAGCGCCAGGCCGGACGCCAUCGCAACGACCACACCAUCACGGUGGGAGACCAGGUGCUUCUUGACACCCGCAACCUGGACAUCAGCCACCUCCCAUCUAAACUUCGACCUCGCUUCUGCGGGCCUUUUCUCGUUGAAGCACAGGUCACUCCUGUUACCUUCCGCUUACGCCUGCCAACUACCUGGAAGAUUCACAACGCCUUCCAUGUCCAGCUUCUGAAGCCCUACCGGGAUCCGAACACGAUCUUCGUCGGACGCCAACCGCCGCCGCCGCUGCCCGUCCUUGUCCACAAUGAACCCGACUGAUAUCUUUACGAAGACGAUUG